AUGGAGGUUGAUGAACGUCCUACUGAGAGAUACAGUGAUAUCGGUGGUUUAGAUAAGCAGAUACAGGAACUAAUCGAAGCUGUAGUCCUUCCUAUGACGCAUCGUGACCGGUUUGAAGCCAUUGGUAUACAACCCCCAAAGGGUGUGUUGUUGUAUGGUCCACCAGGAACAGGAAAAACGUUGCUGGCGCGUGCCUGCGCAGCACAAACUAAGUCAACUUUUUUGAAACUUGCUGGUCCUCAGCUAGUCCAAAUGUUUAUCGGAGAUGGGGCAAAGCUAGUCAGAGAUGCAUUUCAAUUGGCGAAGGAGAAGGCCCCAGCAAUCAUCUUUAUUGAUGAACUGGAUGCUAUCGGAACAAAGCGCUUCAAUAGUGAAAAGGCAGGGGAUCGUGAAGUACAAAGAACGAUGUUAGAACUUUUAAAUCAGCUUGAUGGUUUUCAACCGAACCAUGAUAUCAAAGUGAUUGCAGCAACAAAUCGAGUAGAUAUUCUGGACCCAGCAUUAUUGAGAAGUGGUCGUGUUGAUCGGAAAAUCGAAUUUCCUGCACCAAACGAAGAGGCGCGCGCCCGAAUAAUGCAAAUUCAUUCGCGUAAAAUGAAUGUAGACAAAGAUGUUAACUUUGAGGAAUUGGCUCGGUGUACAGAUGAUUUUAACGGCGCUCAGUGUAAGGCCGUGUGUGUGGAAGCAGGUAUGAUUGCACUGCGUCGUGGAGCUCCAAAAGUAACACAUGAAGAUUACAUGGACGCCAUAUUGGAAGUUCAAGCAAAGAAACGCACUAAUCUAAAUUACUAUGCUUGA